AUGACUGCUUUUCAAACUCAAGAAAAUGCUACUGUGCAAAUUUGCUGUUCAUACACAUAUCUAGCAUUAAGGAGGCUUUCUUCAGAAUGUGUUUGCAUCCUGUAUACAAGUUUUUCACCUAGGAAGGAAGACAUGGUUUUGAAGUACAUUGAGGAAAUUAUUUUCCCCUCCAUGACAGUGCUUGGCACUCUGGGGAACAUGUCUGUUUCUGUGAAUUUUAUGCUCAGUUGGUGGGGAAGCCCUGAGAAGAAGCCCAUACACCUUAUUCUCAUCCACUUGGCCUUUACAAACAUCAUACUCCUUCUUACAAAAGGACUGCCCAAGGCAAUAGAAACUUUUGGUAUUAGAAAUUUUCUAGAUGACAUAGGCUGCAAGAUAAUUGUUUACCUGGGGAGAGUGGCCCGGGGCCUCUCCCUCUGCACCAGCAGUCUCCUCACUGUGGUCCAGGCCAUCAUCAUCAGUCCCAGAGCAUCUGGGUGGAGGAGGCUCAGGCCAAAGUCUGCACAGCACAUCCUUCCAUUCUUGCUAUUCUUUUGGAUACUCAAUGGUUUAAUAAGUAUGAACCUAAUACAUUCUAUCAUAAGUACAGGUAUGAAUAUAUCACAGCAUAAGAAUAGUGACAACUAUUGCUAUUUUAUGCAAGAAAGUCAGGAAAUAAAAUGGAUUGUUCUCCCUCUCAUGGUCCUGAGAGAUGCAGUGUUUCAGGGUGCCAUGGGAGGGGCCAGUGGCUACAUGGUAUUUCUUCUCCACAAGCACCACCAGCAAGUCCUCUACCUUCAGAACUCCAAGCUCCUCUACAGAACUCCUCCGGAGCUGAGAGCUGCUCAAAGUGUCCUCCUUCUGAUGCUCUGUUUUGUUUUCUUCUACUGGACAGAUUGUGCCCUUUUUUCUAAUUUUAAGUCUCUCUUCAAGGGACAAUGCAUUGAUGGUAAAUACUCUAGAAUUUCUGAGCCUUGGUUAUGCAACUUUUAG